GAGAAGAGGACAGAGGGAUCUCACGGGCCACAUUUCGCCUGUAGCAUUAUGUAAAUAAGGUGCAGGAGCAUGUGCCAGUUAAACCGCAGUGCCGUGCGGAGUGAGGGAUGAAGCACAGACGCUGCACGGCAGGAGCCGGGGCCGUCGGUAGAUGGCGGUAACCCAAGAAACCUGAUCCACCGGGCUCCCGUGCACUCCGUCUCAGUUUGCAGCACUCGCAUUUGAAGACAAGAGAAGCCGAACAGUUUGAAGGACACCGAGAAGAACCAGCAGAGCCCACGGCGGGUCCUCUCUCGCGAGCAGGCGGCGGAGCGCUCUGUCCACAGAGAACAACGGGCAAACUCGGAGCACCAUGGAAGACAAAUCCAAUUCGUUCUCCAGCAACAAGGAGGAGAAGGCGGAUGGGAAUAAUGUUUUUCAGAGGCAAGACUCGAUACAGAAAAAUAACACGGGGAGCCAGAACACGAAGGACCAUGGCAACUCCGUGGGAUUCAAGGGGGAGCGGGAAGAGGCCAUGGUCGGCUUUGACGACCUGGACGGGGCGUCCAGGCAGCAUGGUUUUAUGCAGAGGCAAUUCGGGGCGAUGAUGCAGCCCGGAGUCAAUAAGUUCUCCUUGCGAAUGUUCGGCAGUCAGAAAGCCGUGGAGAAAGAGCAAGAGAGGGUCCAGACGGCCGGAUACUGGAUCAUUCACCCAUAUAGCGAUUUUAGGUUCUACUGGGACUUGAUAAUGCUCAUCAUGAUGAUGGGGAAUUUAAUCAUCAUUCCUGUGGGAAUAACCUUCUUCUCAGAGCAGACCACCACCACCUGGCUGGUCUUCAACGUGGCUUCGGACACCAUCUUCUUGGUGGACCUGGUCAUGAACUUCAGGACAGGGAUCGUCAACGAGGAGAGCUCCGAGAUCAUCCUCGACCCCAAGGUCAUCAAGAUGAAUUACCUGAAGAGCUGGUUUGUGGUGGACUUCCUCUCCUCCAUUCCAGUGGAUUAUAUCUUUUUAAUAGUGGAGAAAGGCUUUGACUCGGAGGUGUAUAAAACUGCACGUGCUCUGCGAAUCGUCCGCUUCACCAAGAUCCUCAGUCUCCUGCGUCUGUUGAGAUUGUCCCGGCUCAUCAGAUAUAUACAUCAGUGGGAGGAGAUUUUCCAUAUGACCUAUGAUCUGGCUAGUGCAGUGGUAAGAAUAUUUAAUUUGAUAGGGAUGAUGCUGCUUCUGUGUCACUGGGAUGGCUGUCUCCAGUAUCUGGUGCCUCUCCUCCAAGACUUUCCCCCUGACUGCUGGGUGUCCCUAAAUGGUAUGGUUAAUGUGUCCUGGGGUAAGCAGUACUCCUAUGCCCUCUUCAAAGCCAUGAGCCACAUGCUGUGCAUCGGGUAUGGCGCCCGGGCGCCCGUAAGCAUGUCCGACCUGUGGAUCACCAUGCUGAGCAUGAUCGUGGGCGCCACGUGCUACGCUAUGUUUGUGGGCCAUGCUACAGCGCUAAUCCAGUCACUGGAUUCCUCACGCAGGCAGUACCAGGAGAAGUAUAAGCAAGUGGAGCAAUACAUGUCUUUCCACAAGCUUCCAGCAGACAUGAGGCAGAAAAUCCAUGACUACUAUGAGCACCGCUACCAAGGCAAGAUUUUUGAUGAGGACAACAUUCUGAGUGAACUCAACGACCCACUCAAAGAGGAAAUUGUCAACUUCAAUUGUCGUAAGCUUGUGGCCACCAUGCCUCUGUUCGCCAAUGCCGACCCCAACUUUGUGACGGGGAUGCUGAGCAAGCUGAAGUUUGAAGUUUUUCAACCUAAUGACUAUAUCAUCAGGGAAGGCACGGUUGGGAAGAAGAUGUACUUUAUUCAGCAUGGCGUCGUGAGUGUCAUCACCAAGUUCAACAAGGAAAUGAAACUAACUGAUGGAUCCUACUUUGGAGAGAUCUGUCUGCUCACCAAGGGCAGACGGACAGCGAGCGUACGUGCAGACACCUACUGUCGACUCUUUUCCCUCUCUGUUGACCAUUUCAAUGAGGUGCUAGAAGAGUACCCCAUGAUGCGACGUGCAUUUGAAACUGUAGCCAUCGACCGCUUGGACCGCAUUGGGAAGAAGAACUCAUUGCUGCUGCAGAAGUUCCAGAAGGACCUGAACGCCGGCGUGUUCAACACACAGGAGAACGAGAUAUUGAAGCAGAUUAUCCGUCAGGACAGAGAGAUGGUGAUGAUGGUGGACCGCAAGCAGUCAGUUACCGGGAUGAACUCGACUCCAAUGUCAGGAAACUCCAUUAUUAACUCACCAGCCCAGCCGCCAUAUUCCACUGCCUUUGGCGCCGCUCAGUUACAGCAGUCCUCUGUACCCAUGACCUAUAGUGCUUCAGCUAUUGCCAAUGCCUCUGUUGCUCGCAUGCUGCCAGUCGCUGCCGCUGCCGCCGCUGUGGCACAGGGGGGAUUCCCUACAUCCAGUCUUUCCCAGGUUAACCUGAAUUCCUCUUCACAGACAGCACUACAGCAGGGAGCGAUCAUGUCACCCUGCUCUUUCACAGCGGCCAUGUGCAGCCCACCCGUUCAGACCCCGUUGGCUAGCCGAAGCUUCCAGUAUGGCUCACCAACAGCUUCCCAGCUGUCGCUUAUCCAGCAGCCCAUUGGUCAACCUUCUCUACCCACACAACAGCAGCAGCUCGGUCAACAGCCGGCUGCUUCGACUGCCGCUGCAGCCUCAGCAGCACAGCAGCAGGUCCCUUCACCUCAGCGGGGAGACAUCCACAAGAGCACGCAUGCUCUCCAGUCUGGCAGCUUGAGUCGAGACGUCCGACACCUGUCGGCCUCCCAACCAUCACUGCCACAUGACACGUCUCUGGGGCCCAGAGCUCAUCCGGCUUCUGGGGAGUCUUUGGCCUCCAUGGUGCCACCGACAGCAGCAGCCAUCCAGGGAAUAAGUCUACAAGGUGGCAUUCGCACUACAGUGCCCCAGCGGGUCAGUCUGUUCCGCCAGAUGUCGUCGGGAGCUUUGCCCCCAGUGCGUUCAGCCGCUUCGGCAGCGGCUGCGGUGGCAGCAGCAUCAUCAUCAACCUCGACCCAGCACAGGGAAUCCCCUGGAUCUAGAAGAGAUUCUGUCCUCAGCAGUACAGAGACUGAGCAAGACAAAAUGCGUUUUGCAUCAAAUUUAUGAUUCCAUACAUCUUUCCCUUACUUUCUUUUUUUUUUUAUUUAUGUGUUUCAAUUCAUCUUCAGGAUGGGUAUAGAACAAAAGAGGCAAAAACGAGGAAUUUCUGAAUUUAUUUGUUACUCUCCAACUUUCCUCUAAAGUAACCUCAUACAAAUCUUAUAUGUAUAUAAGCCCUUGUAUAAUAUUUUAGACAUUUUUGUCUCCCUAAACUUAAGAAUGUAUAUUAUACAGAUACACGUGAAUGGAUAUUUGAGAGUGUGGAUGUGUGCAGGUGCAAGUGGGUAAAAUCUAACUACAAUAUUGGCAAAGGCAAUUUAAAGCUGUAGUAUAAAAAUGAGUCUUCCUUUCUAAGAAAUAUAUGAAAUGAUAUAUCAUGUAUGACUUUUUGAAAUUAUUUUUAUUUGUUUUGUUUCUGUCAUUUGCUUUCUUUUCUAACUGGAAUGCAAUAUGGAUUUUGUUCUUAACCUGAUGAAGAGGAAAAAUGUUUUCUCCUGUUAAGCAGCUUUAGGCAUCACUGUGCGAUUAUUAAUGCAAUUAUCUCUGACAGAGAAAUUCUAAAAGCAUAUACUUAUGAUAAAAAAAAAUCUCCUAACAAUUUACUGAGCCCUUGCUUGAGUGAUCAGAAUAAAUACUGUAACUGUGUAUUAAGUUGCGCCCAGAGGUGAGAAUACAGUCUUCUGAGCCGUUAUAUCCCCAAGGCAGGCUCACAUUCAAACCAUGACAGUGUUAUGGGUCCAAAGGGAAUAGGUAAUAGAAAUGCUGCUUUCUUUGUUUAUUUCUUUGGUGAAGCAAGAACGUGGAGAUGGAUAUGGAUGGAUGAUCUUGUUUUUUUUUGUUUUGUUUUGUUUUUUCUAUUUUUGAUUUCAGAUGGUUGAGAUCUUACAUAAUGUUGCUUAAAAAAAUUCUGUGUAUAUUUAUAAUAUUUAUAAACUAAAGAUUAUCACCAUUAUGCAAUAGACUGUGACAUAACAAAUACCUAUACAUGUGCUGUAAAUAGUUUUGUAGAUCUAGGAUUUACAGAUACUGUGUUGUGCAUUCUCUAUCAUAACAAUGUCUUACUUCUAUCAUCUAUAUGCGACAGAGGUUAAGUGACAAAAUACGUAUGUUUCAUAAGAGAUGAUUAAACCUUAAUGCAAAAACUAGCAGAACUCGAGGCAGAGAAAUGUAGGCUUAAAGGACAUUUAUGAUUCCCUCUCUCUUCUCUGGAUGUUUGCUGUAUUUAGGUCUAGCAUCACAUAUGGUUUUGGAUCAGCUGAGUCCACACAAUAUAUAAUUUAAAGAACUUGAUUUUUGUCUUUCAAUCCAACGUGGAUUAGUUUUUCCCAUUAUCCCAAUUUCAGUUUUAAAAUGAUUUCACUAAUGUUACUGAUUCAUAUUCAAGGCCAGAAAUAUUAUUUUCAUUCUUACAUAUUGUAGCUUUUGAAAAAUUAUUUAAAUUGUCCCCUAUUUGCAAACCGGAUCAAAUAUACUCCAAUGUCGCCAUUGAUUUAUUUAACACAACAAGGUUAGAUGUUUGAAUUAGAGUACUGAGUUAGGUUUUCUAUUAGACACUUUCUUUGUUUACAAGAGCAUGGCAAGCUAGCAAUAGCUUAUGCUAACUACAUAGCAGUCAAAGGGUUGAUAUUAUCUCAAGUAAAUAAACAAGUAUUUUCUUUAGUGUGAAGUGUAAGUAGAAAAACAACCCACUCACAUUCACAUAGUUAUGCAGCACAAUUUUACCUUUUGAUAUUUUCUUUUUAAUUUUAUUCCUCUAAACGAGAUUUAGUGAUGCUGAGGUUUACCCAAUAACCACAGUAAGGUUCCUUUUUGUCUCUUUCCUUUCAGAAACGUUUAGCUGCCCAGUUAGGAAAUAUAUUCAGGAGCAGUAUGUCGUUAAAAUGAGAUACUUAAUUGUUUUAACGAGACAAGUGUUAUAUCUCGUUAAAGUGACAAAGUUUCUCAUUUUAAUGAGAUAUAGAAAUACAUUCCUCUUAUUACGACUUCUUGAAAAGGCAUAAAGAAGCUCCCACUGACUCUCCAUCUUCUCACUCAGUUUCUUCUAUUAGCACUCAAACAUCCUGCAAUGUGUUGCCAAUUUACUGUUAUGGCUAUAGUCAUUUAAAUGAGAAUAUAUUUAGGUUUUAAUUGAAUAUACAUCUCAUUUUGAGUUUCCUAGCUCUGACAGUAAAAUUAUUCUAUUUUUUUCUUACACAACUAUUUUUGACAGAGUUUGGUUUAAAUUACUAGAUUCUUGCACCAGCGUCAUAGAAUCCAAUAUUUGAUUUAAAGAAAAAGGCCUUCAGUUUUAAGUGCGCAUAAUGAUUUCAUGGUUUUUAAGUAUUUAUUUUCAAAAUCUGAAUGUUGAACUUAUGGAACAAGCUAUGUGUAAGGUAAAAGAUUAUCUUACAUGAGAAACUUGCUGUUGUGAACUAAGUAUUUCACAGGAAAUACUUAGUAAGUAUGCAGCAUAACUUUACCACCUUUUCUUACUACAUUGUGUGAAAAGGUCAUUGUUUAUUUCAAACUGGUGAUAAAUGAAGAAUAAUGAGAAGUAAAAUAAACUGGAAAGUUCCUAAUAAAUGACUGAAAACAGAGCAAUAAACCAACUGUAAAGACCGGAGUUUAUCAUCUGCAAAUUAUGAUGUGAUAUUUCACCAGCAGACUGACUUUUAUGGUUUCUGGCAAUCAUAUUUGAGGUGCGUAACAUGACAUAACUUGCAAUGAUUCUCUUCCAAAAAGUGGAUAAUUAUCAACUGACUGAGCUUCGGAUAAGAGUGAUGCGAGUUUUUUUUGUUGUUUUUUUUUUUUUUUUAGAUCAAAACUGUAUUUUGUAACAGUUUGACAUUUCCUAGUCUAUGUGUCAUGGUGUGAGCUGUCAGGCUGAAUACUCUACAUAGCUUCAUAUAACACAUAUAACAAAUAUAUACAGCCAUCUCCAAACACACAACCAGCAGAAGAAAGAGGAGAAGUAAAGUCGAGAGCUAAAAAGAAAAGAUAGGCAAUAUUAGAGGGUUUUGGUACUGUAUCAUUGGUGUAUUUUCAUUAAAGCAUAUCACAGACACUUUAUGAAGACCUCAGGACAUUGUAUCAAUGGGUAAAAAGGGGCAGAUUAAAAGUGGAUGGUAAACAAUAGCUGGUUUGCAUUAAGGUUUCUGUCUCAUGUAAAUCCAUCGUGUUGGGCUUAGAUACUCUAAACUGACCCGGAGAUUGAGGCAUGAAAGUAUAAAGUUAAGCAAGAAUAACACACUAUUAUCUGAAGACCCAAAUAAAAGCAGCUAUCGUCACUGCUUGCAGGUCCAUUCCGUGCACAUACAAUAGGUUGCACAUUGUGCUCAAGGCCUUACUGCUUUCUCCUUAAUCAAAUGUGACAAAUUCUCAGUCAAUUUUGAUUCAGAACUGCCGCUUUCAUGGCACCAAAUAUCUCAUCAGUUCAUAGUGACUAAGCCCGUUGAGAUACUGUUUUAAAAGAUUAAAAGUCUUCACCCCAGACUGUGUCGAUAGUUCACUAAUACAGUCAACCCACCACUGUCAUGAAAGCAUGCGUUGUCACAAAUAACUUAAAUAGAAACUAUCUCGAAAAUGUUGACGUUAAAUGUUAAUGUUAGAUUCUCUUUUGUUCACUGUCCUUCUGCCUAGAUGUUAUCUGUGUGUUGAAACACAAGCAUUGACUUUUUUGCAUUGACGGUCUGAAGUAUUUGUGCCUAAAACUAUCGCCAUGUUCCAUCCUUUUCGUUGCGGGCAUGAGCCCGCCGCACACUAGCGUCACUUCUGCACACGGCUGCGAGUUCACUCUUACUAUACUCUGUGUGUGUUCUGUGUCUCAGUGUUUUUAGACAAGAAAGGAAAUAACAAUAAUGAUGGCCAAAUGUCUCAACGUGUGCAGCUGGUGUCUUCACUUAGGGUGAAAACUGCUGGAGGCGGGUCUUUUUUUUUUAUUUUCUAAAACUCUCGACUUAAAUAGAAACGUCAUGAGGUAAUGUACAGAUAAAAGAAGUGCAAUCUUUAGACUUGCAGAUGUAUCACAGACUUGAGACAUUGUAUAAAUUUGGAGCACCUUUAUACCUUUCUUUGUAGCUAGCCACUGAUGUAAAAGGUUGAGUACUGAUGCUUGAGAAGAAACUGGCCAAAGCAAAACAUUCAAAGUCUUUGUCUUUGUUUUUAAAUUGCACUUUCUGACUUACUAAUGAAAAGAUAGGGAUUCUUUCAGCGAGGUUAGGUGCUGGAUGAGAUGGAAAAGGGAGCGAUAUCCCUGAGAAUUUGUGCUGCCCUCAUCUUGUUUGAGUUUCUAAACGGGAGCGAGUGUUCUAUUUGCAAUGGAGAGCGCUUAAUCGUGAAUAUGCCAUAGUGUAUAGGAACUAGUACACAGUUGAGAUGGAUUGCAGCACUGUUGGUUUGUGCUGUUUUUGAUACUUGCCUUUGGAGGGAGAGCGUCCCGACUAUGUGCUUUUUUUUCACUAAACAAAUCGCUACUAACUAGCAUACCGGAAAGGGCAUUAUCAGUGACGUAUAACACAGAAUAACGAGCAUCCACAUUAGGAAUUUAGAGACUGUCAACAAACCAGCACGCAUAUUAUUUAUGUAUAUUUCUUUUUUGUGGGUUUGUUGGUGUUUUGGGGAGCAAGAUGCAAAAACAACUGAUAACAUUCAUGUAGGAUGAACCAGAUUUUUCUUUGGUUUUGAUGAUCACAGGUUUCAUUAUGUUUACCGAUAAUGUGAGUUGUGCAACCCCGGCUCACAUGGUCACUGUUCAGCUUAUUCAGAUAAUCCGAGGCUUAGAGAAAACAAACUGUCUGGUGGUUGCUUAAAACAGAAGAAAGAAGGAUAAAUGUAAACUUUCUUACGAUAAUAUGCAGACAAACAGUGUUUGUCAAAAACUCUUUUUGAUUUUUUUUUUCAUUUAUUUUGUUUGUAAAUAAUAAACCUUGAAAAUAUAGAAAAUAAACGACAUAUUGUCAUUUAAA